GUAAAAUGGAGUUGAGUGAAUUUAUUAUUUUGUCACUAAUCGCAACUAUUUCAUGCAAAUUACCUCCUAGUGAUGACAAUAUUUUACACAUUGGAGGAAUAUUUCCUAUUGGAGGUGAAGGAGGAUGGCAAGGAGGUCAAGCGUGCAUGCCUGCGGCAAAUCUAGCACUGGACGAUGUCAACCGUGAGAAAAAUUUACUACCAGGAUUUGAAUUAAAACUGCAUUCAAAUGACAGCGAAUGCGAGCCAGGUUUAGGUGCAUCUGUAAUGUAUAAUUUACUAUAUAAUGCGCCACAAAAAUUAAUGCUACUUGCUGGAUGCAGUACUGUCUGUACAACAGUUGCAGAAGCAUCAAAAAUGUGGAAUUUAGUUGUCCUUUGUUACGGCGCAUCAUCUCCAGCAUUAUCUGAUCGUAAUAGAUUUCCAACACUAUUUCGUACUCAUCCUAGUGCAACUGUUCACAAUCCAACUCGUAUUAAAUUAUUUCAAAAAUUUGGGUGGUCACGUGUCGCCAUCUUGCAACAGGCUGAAGAAGUUUUUAUAUCUACAGUAGAAGAUUUAGAGGGCCGUUGCAAAGAGGCGGGUAUCGAAAUCGUGACUCGUCAGAGUUUUCUAUCAGAUCCAGCAGACGCGGUGCGAAAUUUACGGCGGCAAGACGCGCGGAUCAUCGUGGGCCUAUUUUACGUUGUAGCUGCACGGCGAGUCCUUUGCGAAGUUUACCAUCAGAAUCUAUAUGGCAAAAGCUACGUCUGGUUCUUCAUCGGAUGGUACGAGGACAAUUGGUUUGAAAUAAAUUUAGACAAAGAGGGAAUAACUUGCACGAAAGAGCAAAUGCGUCAGGCAGCCGAGGGUCACAUGACUACGGAGGCCUUGAUGUGGAAUCAGAAUAAUGACACGACAAUAAGUGGCAUGACUUCCGAGGACUUUAGGAUGCGGCUCAAUAAAAUGCUCAAGGAGGAUGGUUAUGAUGUUGAUAAUAAUCGAUACCCAGAAGGUUAUCAAGAAGCUCCGUUGGCUUAUGAUGCCGUUUGGUCUGUUGCUCUAGCUUUCAACAAAACAAUGGAGAAACUCUCAAAAUCAGGAAAGAGUUUGAAGAACUUCACUUACACCGACAAAGAAAUCGCUGACGAAAUCUACUCGGCCAUAAACUCGACCCAGUUUCUCGGCGUCUCCGGAUACGUCGCCUUCAGUUCCCAAGGAGACCGAAUAGCCUUAACCCAAAUCGAGCAGGUGAUCGACGGGAAGUACGUGAAGUUGGGGUACUACGACACCCAGAGUGACAAUCUCACCUGGAAGAACAUGGAACGCUGGAUCGGGGGCAAGGUACCCCAAGACCGUACCAUAGUUCGGAAAGUUCUACGAACCGUCUCAACACCACUUUUCGCCUGCAUGAGCGCGUGCUCUGCCCUCGGCAUCUUGAUCGCCAUCUUGCUGAUAAUCUUCAACGUCUGGAAUCGUCACCGACGCGUCGUUCUCUCCUCUCACCCAGUCUGCAACACGAUAAUGCUCGUGGGGGUCAUCAUCUGCUUCAUUUCCGUGUUCCUUCUAGGUCUCGACGGCCGGUUCGUCUCACCUGGAGAGUACGCCCACGUCUGCCAAGCACGUGCUUGGAUGCUGUCCAUCGGAUUCACUCUCGCCUUCGGUGCCAUGUUCUCCAAAGUAUGGCGCGUCCAUCGUCUGACCACCAAGACCAAGGCUGACCAAGCGAAGCUCUUCAUGGCCAAGCAAAAGGUCUCCAGCGUACAGAAGAACAUCCAGCCCUGGAAGCUCUACACCAUGGUCAGCGCCCUGCUGGUCAUCGACUUCAUCAUUCUGGGUGCCUGGCAGGGUCUCGAUCCUCUCCAGCGCACCAUUGAAAUCUUCCCACUGGAGCCUUCCCCCCACGGGGAUGAUGAUGCCAAAAUCAGUCCCGAACUCGAGCACUGCGAGAGUGAAAACAACGGAAUCUGGUUGGGCCUCAUCUACGGCUACAAGGGAAUUGUCCUCGUCUUUGGUCUCUUUCUGGCCUACGAGACCCGCAGCAUCAAAGUGAAGCAAAUAAACGACUCCCGUUACGUCGGGAUGUCAAUUUACAAUGUCGUCAUCUUGUGUCUGAUCACUGCCCCAGUGACGAUCGUGAUCGCGAGCCAACAGGAUGCCAGUUUUACUUUCGUUGCUUUGGCAAUUAUUUUCUGCUGCUUCUUGAGCAUGGCCCUUAUUUUUGUGCCCAAGGUAAUUGAGGUUAUUAGGCAUCCACGAGAUAAAGCCGAGUCCAAGUACAACCCCGACAUGGGAAUGUCCAAAGAAGACGAGGAACGGUACCAGAAACUCGUCAACGAGAACGAUGAGCUCCAAAGAUUAAUUGCACAGAAAGAAGAGAAAAUCAAAGUACUGAAGCAGAGAUUGGCGGAACGGGAUGUUGUGAAAGGUGGCGCUGUAAGCGGAUCUAAUUUUGGAGCUGGACAAGGGGGCGCUGCGGCAGGUGGUAAUGUACCAAAAGACUCGCUGAUUGUCGCGGACUUUGUUACCGGCGAGGGGACCUCUGAUAGUGCAAUCGGUGGGGGUAUUUCUGUUUACACGAGAUCUUCACGUGCAUCCGCAUCUGAUUUUGAAUUUUCAGAGUCAUAUCUUUAAUUUAAUAAUAAUUUUUUUUUACUGCACUAUCCCACUUAUUUUUAAAAUAAACUCAAAAUGUGUGUCAAUUUUUAAAAUAACUUCCCAUGUCUUAAUGCAAAUAAUUAACUUAUUAUUGAUAUUUGAUGAGUUUUGAAAAUUUUCAUUUUUAGAGAGGGGGUUAAUAUUUCAAAAACUAACGGGUUUAGACAAAAAUUUUACAGGACUAAAGUUGUAGAGAAUUAAAUUUCCGAUAGAAAGAGUACCCACAAGCCCUAUGUGUAACAAAUAUUAACCAACAUAACCAUAAUAUUUACAUUUUAUGUCAUUGAAAUAUUUAUUUCCUAAACUAUCGGGUUUAGAAAAAAAUGUUACAGGACCAAAGUUGUAGAGAAUUUAAUUUCCGGUGGAAAGAGUACCAACAAGCCCCACUUAUCAUACGUAUUUUUUCAAAUAAUCAUAAUAAUUAUAUUUGUGAUGCCCAAUAUAUUUAUCUCGCAAACUAUUAUUUUUAUGAUAAAAGUUUAUCAGUAAGAAAUUAUUCUAAAUCAAAUUUCCUCUGGAAAGAGUACCCACAAGCUAUACUUACGAUCAAUAUUUACGUCGGUUAAUUAUUUGCGAUUAUUAAGACGAUUUGGUGAAAUAUAAGAAUUUAAGCAAA